AUGGCCACCACAGCAAAGAAUGUUGUGGUGAUACAGGAUGCAUCUAAAGGACUUAAUUUAAGAGUUUUUUAUUGGAUUAUAAAGGCCUUAUCACUUGAGCCUGAAGAUAUGGUGACUGUAGUUGCAAUCCUGCAUGAGGUUUAUACUCCCACAAAUUUUACUUAUCAAUCACUUCUUUUGUUUCCCUUUCCUCCAAUUCCUUUUGUAGUGGGAUACAGAAUCACAGUGGAUAACCGGUUGGUCGGAGUAAACCAGAGAAUCAUCGACAAAGCACUUGCAAAUAAGAAAGAAGAGUACCUGAACAACGAGGAACUUGCUCAGAUUGCCAAACAAUACGAAUCAAAUAAGGUUGGACUAAAGAUAAAGCUGUUUACAGGAUCUCCACUAAAAGAUGUGGCUUUAGAAGUAGCCAUAGACCUACAGGCAACUUGGGUGAUACUUGACAGGUCAGGCAAACUCUAA